CACAUACCUAUUUAAUGACAGACAGUGCCGCACCUCCCGCCGCUCUCCUCGCAAAUGCUGCAAUUGCUGGCUAUCCAUUUCAUCACAAACUCUCUUCUCAACAUGUCCCCGACGCCGCCGGUCCUCCCUGCUCCACCUACAUCUACCGGUGCUGCCACCACUUUUUUACACUUCUUUGCGGCAUUUUCCAGAACAGGUCAUCGACAUUUCUCCCAGCGCAAUUCUCCUUAUACCGUAAAAGACCUUUGGCAUCUGUCAAGUAACACCUGGAAAGCAAGUAUAGUUCUGUCUCGUUCCCGACACUCGAAUCUGUCGUUAGGAAUGGAUGUAUUCUUGAUAGAAGGGAUGCAAUCACUUUCCCCUGCAUGUACUGCUACUGAAUUUGACAGACGAAGAGAUUCGUUCUUAUAGAAGAUUUAUUGGAUUAUGAAGUCACUUUCAUUGGGAAAGGUGAGAAUCGGAGUUGUAUUAUUCCGGCAGGAGAGCUUGAAUCCAGGGUAGCCGCAGUAGGGUUCUUGCUGAUCAGGGAUGUAGAAUUGGAAGCUUAUCUCUUGGCCCCCACAGCUGGUGGGAACAUUGCAGACUUUGUACUGACAAUCAACAGCUAAAGUCUUUCUUUCUAAGCUAAAGAAGGUGAAGGCAAAGCGAUUUAUCAAUGGAUAGAGAGGGAGGAGGAGGAGGCGGCUAAAAAAAUGGUUGUGAUCCA